CAAAUAUCAUGGAAAGUGUGUUAAAUGAACUUCGGGAGUUAGGUGAGCAAUUCGCAACUCAUGUCCAGCGUGUGAAGCUUCUAAAAAAUGAGGAAGAUGUUAGUUCCCUUAAAAAGGCGAUAUCCAGCCUAGAGAAUGAUCUUAAGCAACUCCGAAUGACCUAUGAAUGCCAGAUAAAUCACUUGAGUACUACUCUAAAUAUUGUACUGGACGAAAAAAGAGACUUGGAGAAUGAAAUUCUAGUAAGGAAAGAAAAUGACGCUCAUUUUCUGGAUAGGUUCAGUUUUUUACGAUUGGUAUGUAUUUUGCAGGAUUUCAGUGGAAUCGUCUAAAAAUGCUAAACUUCUUCUGGAGAUAAGUCAUCUUAAAACUGACGUUGCCGAAAAAACUAAUCAGAUUACAGCGCUGAAAAUGCAUGUACAAGAGUUGGAGACACAUGGGGAAGAGAAAGAGAACGUGAAAUUGAAACUUACUGAGGAGAUAAAUUUUUUAAAGCAAAAACUUUCAAUGUCUGAAGAUCUAUACACUGAGACUGCUAAUCAGCUUCAAAGUGCAUUGAUGGCAUUAAAUUCUCAAAAACUGUUUGCGAAGGAGCGUCUUAGUCGCAGUCAAAACAGAAUACAAUGGUAUAUCUCUCAGUUCGCCGCAAAAGAUUUCCAAGUUGAAGAAUCUCGCAGAAAGGAAGCUUCCAUUUCUACUGCCAUCUCUCAACUGCGUGCCAAAGCCCAGGAGGAACUUAUUCAGUACCGUCAGCAAGCUGCAGACAUCUACAAGAAACCAAUUAACUCUUACUUUUACAUAACUUUUAAAAUAACUUGCCUGUUGCCUUUGUAGAUAGCUACUUUGCAAAGUCAGUUGGUUUCGGAGAGAAGAGAAAAUCGAUUUUUGAAGACUAAAUGUCUGAAGAAUGAUCAAACAAUUCUUAACUUGCAGCGGCAAAUUGCUGAAUUGAAUUCUAAAGUUUACAGCACUGAACAUCAAACUGAACUUUUGAAGAAUGCUUUGGAAAGUUUGGGGAAGGAGCAUAAUCGCUUAAGAAGUACCUAUGAGGAUAAGAUUCAGAGACUGGAGGCUUCUAUAACUUCUAGUGCCGUUGACUUUGAUUUAAUGCGAAGUAAAGAGAAUGAAGUUAUGAAGGAAUUAUCAAAAUUUAAAAGCAUGUUGAAUUUAGACGAAGAGAGUCUCCACACACGGACAUAUAACGAACAAAUUAAUCAAGUUAUUGGGGAACUGGAUGAUGAGGAGAAUUUUCAGCGUUUGGAAAAUGACAAAAAAAUCGAAUUUGACAGAACAUAUGAACCGAGAGCUAUCUCACAUACGGAUUGUGCCGUUCCAUCAAAAGGUAUACAUUCUUUUGUGAUGGCAUCAAAUGGUGACCUCCGCGACACUCCUCAGAAUAUUGAUGUUGAGUUACAAAACUGUGAUCAAGUAAACUUUGACACGAAGAAGUUUGGUCUAAGUUCUUCCAAAAAUGCAAUCAUGGAUACAAAAAUCAAUGCCUCAGUACCUGGUAGUCCAAAUUCAUCGAUGUGCUUAUCAGGAUCCAAGUAAGAGUUUUUAUUUUAGAUACUCAUUCACAAACGAUUAAUAUUUGGAUACAAAGAUGAGUGAUGGCUAGCAGUGGAAUCCAGGAAGCGUGUUUCAGUUCCAGUCCUAAACAUCAAUGGGACGAUUCAAACAACCAAUGUAAAAAUGAAUUAAACUUUACCCCACUGCACAAGCCAGUGGCUUUCUGGACUCAUUAGCUAAGUAGAAAACGCGGUAGUGUUUACAGCGAACGGUGAACACCAACUCUGACGUGUAAAUGCAUUCAGCUGACGAGUCCAAAAUAGGACGAAACGCGCGUCCUAGAUUCCACUGCUAGUGAACAUCUGUAUUUGCUUAUAACGCUUGCGAUUUAAGGCAAUGUCGAAUCAUAUGCACAAGGUGCAUAUAUACCAAUAAGAGACUGAUCCAUUGCAGUUCUGAACAUCAAUGGGAAGAUGAAUUACUGUUUGGAUGAUUGAUGGACGACUUGUUUUUCAAACUCUAACUAUCAUUACCGCAUGAUUCGCAACUGAACGUUGUCAUUAUUCGUAAUCAAUAUAAUUUUGAAUCUAAACAAUUUGUUUUACAGUUUUAUCUUUUCAGAAUUUGAAAUAUAGUUUUCAGCGUAAGAGCUAGUUUUAAGCAAUUAGUCUUUUUUAAAGUUUCGAUUAAAUAAAGAUAAAACGUAGUUGAUUUGAAAAACGUGAUAUAUUUACUCUAUAAAUUCCAAAUAAUCUAGUGAUUCAUAUACGUUUUAAGUCAUUUUGUAUGGAAAUUAAUCAACGUUAGGCAAAAGUUCAAAUGAAAAGGAGUAACUAAAAAAAGGACGAGAAAAUCAACUGCUUAAUGACGAUAAUGAUUUCGAAAUGUUGCCAGUAAAUUUUAAGUCGAGAUUAAAUCCGAUACCGCUUUGAAUGUACUCUAUUGUUAAAAGUCAAAGAUCACAGUGUUUUAGCAUAACUUGCAAGACAAUUCAUAUAUUUAAAUAUUCAGACCAUUGAAAAAAUUUGAUACUGACUAUUAAGAACGUUCAAAAAUCUUUAAUGUCAUUUUCAAGGUAUUUUGUGUUACACUUCUUAAUUACACUAGUUAGCUAUCAUAGAUGUAAUGAAGAAUAAUUAUAAGCUAAGUUUUUGAUUUUUCAGUAGUUGAGAUUAUGAGUCGGUUGAAGCUAGACCACCAUGGAAAAGCUGGAAGCACUGGAUGGCCGUUUCAUCCUAUUGUGCGACUUCCCAAUAGUGCGGAUCUACGAUCACGCCCCGCGAGAUUCGAACUUGGGGCCUAUCGGUCUCACGCGAGAACGCUUCACCUCUAAACCACUGAGCAAACUGGCAUCCAACUGUGUUAAUGUUUAACUUUAAGUAGUCCACAGAAUUGAGCCACUGUCCACAAUUGUGUUUAGUGAGUUACUGUCUUACAACAGACCCGUUUGAACCCCACUGGCUACUGCUUCUUUUUCUUGUUAUCACAAUUACACCUGUUCAAAACUGUGAAAUAAAAUAAAUUUCCUAUAGGGAUAAGAAUAACUUUGUCAAUGAAGGUAGACAAAUUUAAUAUGAUAACUAAACUUGAAACAUUAUGUGAAACAAAACAAACAAUCAGUUAACGUAACACAUGAACUUUUACAUGAAACUACAUUUUUAACAGUUGAAUUCAUGAAUCAAUCUAAACUAGACCAUUGAAAACCUUUAAGCACUGGACGUCCAUUUCGUCCUAGUAUAGGACUCCUCAUCAGUACUCAUUCACGAUCAUGCACAUGCAAACGCUUCACUUCUAAACCCCUGAAUUGAUAUCCAAUAGUGUUAACGUCUUACUUCAACCAAUUCAUGACCUGAAUUUUGUUAUUAUGUUAAAGUUCUUCAUAGAAAAUUUAUUUCAACUUCUUGAUUCUUGGUUAAAUUAAUGAAGAUAUUAUUAAAUUCAAAUUGAUACAUACAUAAGACCUCUGUAUGAGAACUGUUAUCAUUCUAAUUAUUAUGUUUACAGUAUAACAGCUUAAGUUCGAUGUUUUUCCUGUAGUGACUUCAUAUAUCUGUAUUCCUAUUUCACUUUGUCCUCUUUUUUUGUUAUUACAAUUUUCUCAAAAACAGACAAACAAACAGUAAGGGUAAUCAGCACUUUUGUGUUCUUUAACAAAAAAUAAUAUUCGUUUCUUAUCGAAUAGUAAUCAAUAUUGAUUGAAUUAUUUUUGUUAAAUGAGGACAAAUUUUUUUUAUUGCUAACAAAGUAUAUUAAAUCUUCCCUCUUGUAAUUGACAUGGUAGCAAUUGUGAAUGAAGCUAUUUCAGUUCACUAAUCACGUGAAUAAAAGAAUAUUAAUCCAGUUAUUUUAUAUUUGUUAACCAUUAUCAUAUUUUCGAGUGUCAUAUUGAUCUUUCUACCAAAUUUAAAGUUUUUUUAAGAUUGAAACUAAUAACAUAGCCCCCUGAAUGUUCUGGUACGGUCGAAGGUAGAGAAAUUCAACUUUACCUCUCCAAAUGAUCUCACAUGGUUAUGUGUAUAUGGUUUUAGCCUUCUGGCGGUAGCGUUGUUGUUAACAAAAUUGUGAGGGUGAAAAGUAAAUGUCCAGUGCUUUAUCCGGGUUGGUGGAUAUAAAAAAACCAUCUGAGGGAGCUGGAAAACCCUGAUUUCAAAGCAAUGGUGCACAUGGGCCCCAGAAUCCUGAGGGAAAAAGGCUUAUAAAUCGAUUGUUGACCACUGACUACUAUGCGACUGUAUCUUCUCACGUUGAUCCACCACCAUGUGGAUUAGACCUUUUGUUCAAUAGCUCCGUGUGUAGCCUCCUAAGAAAACCACCUGCUUCGCUCUGGGCACUCUGGCAGUACCUCGGCCCUCACACAUGUCGAAUGAUUUAUGUGACGCAUAUCUAUUUGGUGCCUCCUUGUACGAAUGUUUGUGUGUUUAAAUAAAUAAUAAUAAAUACCUCAUUAACACAACAAGAUGAACACCAAAUUCAUAGUUUUUACUUCAACGACAGUAAUAUAUAAAAGAAAGAUUGUUUAUAAGAAUAUAAUACAGGAAGAAAGAAUUAGUUCGUAGAAAGAUAUGAAGCGAUUUUAAUAUCACGGUUUGAAAGAAGACAGGGAGUGUAUACACCUACGGCAUUGUGAUCGAUUCUGAGCCAUGUCACACAGUCUCCAAACGAGUAGUCUGCAUCUACCAAAAUGGCUGGGACCAGAAGUUAGUGACUUCAAGCACUGAUGCCACGUUUUGAUUUGACCGCGCCUAACUUUCUUCCAACCAUCCCGAACACCGGUUAACAUUGCACGUUGUAGUAAUCGGUGUUGAGGCAUACGUAACACGUGGCCCAACCAUCAUAGUCGGUGAAAAUUUACAACCUGAUCGACUGAUUUACCAUCAAUCCCUAAUACCCUGUGUCUAAGCACACUAUUACUUACUCGGUGAUCCAAGUAGAUACGAGCAAUAUUUCUGUUUGUUUGUUUAAAACACAUAAACAUUGGUACAACGCAGCACCAAAUAGAUAUGCGCCACAUAAAUUGUUUGAUUUAUUUGAGGGCCAGGAUACUGCCCGGGUACCCAGACCGAAUCAGGUAGCAAUAUUUGUAAGACAUCUGUGACCAAAUACCGGUAUCUCAUGAGUAUCUUUUACUUCUAAUGGCCACAUUUCGCAGCCGUAAAUUAGAACAAAACAAACUGCUGCAGAAUAUACUCGUCGCUUAAUAGAUAAAUGGAUAUCUCGCCAUAGGUGAAAUAAUUUGGCAAAAGCCCAAACGAGUUUUCUGAAUCCGUGCAGAGAUUUCUUAAAGUCAAAAUAUCUUUUAAAGUCUGAAGUUAAAGAUAGUUUGUAUUACGACAUAGAAUUAUUAUCCAACAUCUUUGAAAUGUAAAAAAACGAUUGAUAAGUUCUUCAUAUUAAUUAAAUAUCAAAAAAAGAAAAAACCUUUAUCAGAAGGGAUUUUGUAGAGAUUUUGGUAAUUUUAGAGUGGAAUUCAUGAGUCAAUUGAAGCUACACCACCAUGGAAAACCUCACAAAACCCUUUCUGAUAUUAUUCAACAUAUGCUCACUAAUGACUGGCUUCAAGAGGUAUUUCCUGGAGUUAUAGUGAGAAGCAGUGACCACUGGAGUUCAAGUGGGUCUGUUGUGAGAUAGUAACUCACUGAACACAAUGGUAGACAGUGGCUCAAUUUCGUGGAUUGGUUGAAGUUGAACAUUAACACGAUUGGAUGCCGGCUUAGUGAUCUAGAGGUUAAGCGUUCGUGUGCGAGACCGACAGACCCUGGGUUCAUAUCCAACGGGGCAACAUCGUGGAUGCGCACUGCUGAGGAGUCCCACAAUAGGAUGAAACGGUCGUCUAGUGAUUCCAGGUUUUUCAUGUUGGUCUAGCUUUAAUUGACUCGAGAAAUCAACCAUGAAAUAAACUAAUUAAUUUCUUUUUUUUUACAUGAAGUGCUAUUGGAUACUUACAAAUUUGUGAAAUUGAUCCCAAUGGUGAGUAUUUACUUCUAUGGAAUUCAAGUACAAACAAGGUAAAUUUAUUCAACAAAUAUGAUAUAAUGAGAAAGAACUUAAUUUAUUGGAAUAUAAGUUAUAUAAAAGAUCAAUUUUUUUUAAGUAUUCAUGACAGUUAAUCAGACUUUGGGGAGGGGGAUUUAUUUCGUAAUUUAGUAACUUAAUUAUAUCUAUUGGUCAUAAUCGUUUAAUGUACUGAUACUGUAAAUUUGGUUUAUAUGGUGAUUUACUCCUUGAUUAAUGUCAGUGAGUCGCUCUAAGCUUACUUACGUACGCCUGUUACUGCUCGUAGAGGAGCAUAGGCCACUCACCAGCACUCUCCAUCCAACCUUGUGUGUUGUUCAUCAUUUUCAUAUCUGAUUCUACUUCCCGACGUAAUGUGUUUUUUGAACUUUCUCUUUUCCGCUUCCCUUCGGAAUUCCAAGUUAGGGCUAGCCUCGUGGCGCAGUUUGAUGAUUUGCGUAGUGUAUGUUCUAUCCACUUCCAUCGUUUUUUCCUAAUUUCCUCUUCAGCUGGAAACGGAUUUGUUCUCCCUCAGAGAAGGCUGUUGCUGAUGGUGUCUGGUCAAUGAAUGUUGAGUAUCUUGCGUAGACAAUUACUUAUAAAUACUUGUACCUCCUUGAUGAUGGUUGUGGUAGUUCUCCAAGUUUCAGCUCCGUACAGUAGAACUGUCUUGACGUUCGCAUUGAAGAUUUUGACUUUGAUAUUGGUUGACAGUUGUUUUGAAUUCCAUAUGUUCUUCAAUUGUAGGAAUGCUAUCUUUGCUUCCCCAAUCAUCGCCUUUACGUCUGCAUUCGAUCCUCCUUGUUCAUCAAUGAUGCUUCCUAGGUAUGUGAAGGAGUCGAUCUAAACUAGACCAUUGAAAACCUGUAAACACCGGAUGUCCAUUUUGUUCUAGUAGGGUACUCCUCAACAAUUUGCAUCCACAAUCCCACACACGGAACUCGAGCUUGAAUUGACUCAUGAAUUCAAUCUCUAGAAAUCUUCAUUCUGAUAAUUAUUACGUUAUCUAAAAACUGACUAUUAAUCUAUGUAAAUAAAUCACUCAAAAUUUAGUGUAUUCAGACAUUAUUUUGGUUUAUUUUUGAUGCAUAAUAAGUCCUUACCCAUCGUCUUCAUGUUUUAAAUAACAUUUUGCAAUUCACAGUUUCCGGUAAUAAGUACCAGCUCUCAGCCGCUAUCACACAGAACAAUAUGAUGUAUUGGCUAAGUUAAUGAGUCACAACAAAGGAUUAGAACUAAAUGGUAUGAUUUUAGUUUGAAAAUUUAAAAGAUGCACUGAUUUUGGUGUAUUCAUUCUUCUCAAUACUAUCUGAUCAAAACAUAGAGCUAGGUCUCACUACAAAGAAAUAUUAAAAACCAGAAGGUACUGGAGAACUUUUUGACCCUAGUUUUGGAGGGCUUUUACAUAAGCCAUCACUUAUAAAGAAUAUGUCUAUAUUGAACAGUAUUAUCGAGAUUACUUUAAUUCGUGAUGAUUUUCUCACUGGUAAUAUAACUUCAAGAUGAGUUCCUAAAAUUAUUUUGGGAAAUCAUAACCAGAAGAGUUCAACCAUAUGAAGAAAAAGACUGUUAUUUCUAAUCAUAUUAGGUUGUUUAUUUGUCAUUCUCAUGAAUUAUCUGAAGUUCAAAAUGUGUGCAGUAGAAUUAAAAAUCAGUGUUUCAAAGACAUCACUUACUGCGCGACAUGAAAUUCCUGGUCUCCAUCCCUGAGGAUUGCUAUAGUCUUUCGCUGUUGAUGAGUCACUUAGUUGAGUUACUACAUUCGCUAACCUUAUUGAUCGUAUAUACCUAGUACAUAUUAGCCAAUCAUUCACACAUUCGUAUAACACUCAAGAAGAUUAUUACCAUUAAAAACACAACUUCAGUAGUUCGGUUACUUUAUAUUGGUAUACACAUCGAGUACGUGGUUGAACGAAAUUACAAAUUGAGGUCAAGCCAAUAAAGAUUAUGUAAUAACAGUUGUUUAGUAUACUUUGCCUCUGCAUCAGUAAGCCUCAAUAUUCACAAAGGAAAAACCAAGAUCCUCAAAUGCAACACGGUGAACACUAACCUAAUCACACUUAAUGGCGAAACUCCGGAAGAUGUGGUAACCUUCACAUACCUAGGAAGCAUCAUUGAUGAACAAGGAGGAUCGAAUGCAGACGUAAAGGCGAUGAUUGGGGAAGCAAAGAUAGCAUUCCUACAAUUGAAGAACAUAUGGAAUUCAAAACAACUGUCAACCAAUAUCAAAGUCAAAAUCUUCAAUGCGAACGUCAAGACAGUUCUACUGUACGGAGCUGAAACUUGGAGAACUACCACAACCAUCAUCAAGGAGGUACAAGUAUUUAUAAGUAAUUGUCUACGCAAGAUACUCAACAUUCAUUGACCAGACACCAUCAGCAACAGCCUUCUCUGAGGGAGAACAAAUCCGUUUCCAGCUGAAGAGGAAAUUAGGAAAAAACGAUGGAAGUGGAUAGAACAUACACUACGCAAAUCAUCAAACUGCGCCACGAGGCUAGCCCUAACUUGGAAUUCCGAAGGGAAGCGGAAAAGAGAAAGUUCAAAAAACACAUUACGUCGGGAAGUAGAAUCAGAUAUGAAAAUGAUGAACAACACACAAGGUUGGAUGGAGAGUGCUGGUG